AGGCUGGGCUGGUGCCGAGCCGCUGUGUGGGGCUCUGAUGUGCUCUCUUGGGCGGUGAUUUGCUUCUAUACUCUUUCAAGAGCCUUUUCCAGCUCGGGUGGUUGAAGGAUCGAACUUUUGGCCCCGGUCCCAGUGGAAACCGCCCUCUGGAGGGGCUAAAAGCUCCAUAACCUCAGGGCAAAGCUGCUGAGCACUCAGAGUGAUUUCCAGUCUAUGCAAGUUCUUCUUUAUUCUAGCUAUCAGCAAAUCAGAUACGUGGAAGCAUGUCUGGGAAGCCAGUUCUGCACUAUGUCAGUGUCCGUGGCCGAAUGGAACCAGUGAAGUGGCUACUAGCAGCUGCUGGAGUGGAGUUUGAAGAAAGAUUUAUAGAAACGAAGGAAGAUCUCCAAAAGUUAAGGGCAAGUGGAUCCCUGCUGUUCCAGCAAGUGCCCAUGGUGGAGAUCGAUGGGAUGAAGUUGGUGCAGACCAGAGCCAUCCUCAACUACAUAGCAGGGAAAUACAAUCUCUACGGGAAGGAUCUGAAGGAGAGAGCCCUAAUUGACAUGUAUGUGGAAGGACUGGCAGAUCUGAAUGAGUUAAUCAUGUACCAUGACUUCAAACCUGCUAAUGAAAAGGAGGAAAAUCUUGCAAAUAUUUUGGACAAGGCCGCAAACAGAUACCUACCAGUCUUUGAGAAAGUUUUGAAGGACCACGGACAUGACUUUCUUGUUGGCAACAAGCUGAGCAGAGCAGAUGUGCAUUUACUGGAAACCAUUUUAGUGGUGGAAGAGUUCAAGCCCGAUGCGCUUGCAAAAUUUCCCCUCUUGCAGAGUUUUAAAGCAAGAAUGAGCAAUAUGCCCAACAUCAAGAAAUUCCUGCAGCCUGGCAGCCCAAAGAAACCACCUCUACAGGAAAAAGAAAUACCAAACCUGCUGGCAAUUUUCAGUUGAGCAGCAGCCUAACUGUGCUGUAACUCCACUCCAUUCUCUUUGCGUUUCCUGAGAAGCGAAGUGAAAUGAAUUAAAUUAGUUUAAUUUCACUAGUUUCAUUUCCACAUUGGCAAAUGAAGUUCUUAACUCAGUAGUCUCAAACUUAACAUACUGUCUUAAAUACUUCAUGACUUUUCCAGAAAUAAAGUUGUUAAAAUGCA